GCCUGCUUCGCCUUCUUCGCCGCCUUCGCCUCCGCCGCCAGCGCCACGCGCGCCGCGGGAGCCCCGCCGCGGAGGCUCGGCGCCGACCCCGCGGAGGCGAAGGCCACGUCGAGCAGCGCGCCGGCGGCCGCCGCUGCGGCCACGCAGGCGAGCAGCGGCAGGGAUCGGCCGCGCGAGAAGGCCAUGGCUGGAAUGCGUUCCAGGAUACGGUCAACCCGUAUAGGGAGGAUGCGCGGUACGGAUCUUCGUCGUGGGGUGGGCGGGUGCUGAGGGGGCUAGCUCGGAGGCGGCACCAGGUGAAUCACCAGUGGCACCCUUUGAGCGAGCCGUGGCAGACAGGGCGGCUCGUCCGCGCGGGAGGCGGUGACCCCGUCCUCAGGCCCGCGUCGUCAGGCCCAGCGGUGGAUCAGCUUCCACCCGUGCGCCUUCCUGACGCCAGGCCCCGCGUGGCGGCCCUGGCUGCCGCGCUCGCCGCCACCGCCGUGGCUG